UUUGAUAAAGAAUCAUGGGUCAAUUCUUUAACUCCUCAACAAAAAGAAUUACUAGAACUAGAAAUAAAUACAAUUGAAUUAUCUUGGUUGGAAUUGCUACAUAAAGAAUUUACAAAAUCUUAUUUUCUAACAUUAAAACGUUUCUUAAACUCAGAAUAUCGCUCAGGUAAAAUUGUCUUUCCACCCAAAAAUGACAUUUACUCUUGGACAAGAUUAACACCACUAUCGGAAGUUAAAGUACUAAUUCUUGGUCAAGAUCCUUAUCAUAAUUUCAACCAAGCCCAUGGUUUAGCAUUCUCUGUCAAAAAACCAACUCUUCCACCUCCUUCAUUAAAAAAUAUGUACAAAUGUCUUCAAAUAGACUACCCAAAUUUUGUUAUCCCAUCAGGUUCAAACUUAACUGGCGAUCUAACCCCAUGGGCUAAUCAAGGUGUUCUAAUGUUAAAUACCUGCUUGACUGUUAGAGCUCAUAUGGCAAAUUCGCAUUCCAAAAAAGGCUGGGAAAUGUUCACAGAAACUGUAAUCAAAAACUUAUUGCAUUAUAAAAACCAAUUUGAAAAUCAAGGUAUUGUUAUAUUGGCUUGGGGCUCUCCUGCUCAAAAGAGAAUUGAAGGCAUUGGUUUCAAAAGGAUCAAUUCAAAUAACCAAAAUUUACUACUAAAAUCUGUUCACCCAAGUCCUUUAAGUGCUGCAAGAGGUUUUUUUACCUGUAAACAUUUCAAACUAUGCAAUGAUUGGCUAUCUCUGCACUCUGAUGAAGGAAAAAUAAUCGAUUGGGCUUUGGUUCCUGGAAAUACUUUAAUCACCAAA